AUGGUUGCGAAACAAUCACCGGAAUCUGCGUGGUCGUUUUCUCUGGGAUCCACUCCGAGUGAUGCAGGCUCCUCUGUUCAAGUCCAUGCGGACAAUGGAAGUACCAGCCUUAAACGUCCACAUGAUGGGGCGCUCACAGACACCGAACCCUUAGCAAAAAGAGACAGGCUUAUCGAAGAAUUAGAACAGAUGGCAUCCACUGGGAGUAAAGCACCCAUUGAAUCCUUACCUACCGGACAAAAGGAGAUCAAUGAGGACGGCGAUCCGGUAGCUUUCACUCUCCUCAAGGCGUCGGUACCCCAGCUGGUCGAGUGGAGGUGCAUCGAUGUCUCGAUCACGCAGAAGGCGGAGGAACAACUACAACAACGGCAGUAG